AUGUUACAUUUGCAAAGGUUAACGAUAUCCGAUAUUGAGAAUAUUGAAUAUAUUUUGAAGAAGAAAGAUUAUAGUGGUAUAAAAACAAAUCAAGACAUAAAGAAAAUAUUUAAAGACUUAGGUAGUGCGUUCAGAAUUUUUGGUGAGUCUUUAAAAAAAAUACAUAAUGAUGGGAAUACAAUUAUAUGCAAUAUAAAAAAGAAAAAAGAAAAUGAUAAAGAAAAGUUGGAUGAAAACGUAUAUCUUGUAGAUUGUUUUACAAAUGUUAUUUCCGUUAUAAAGCAUAUGUAUGAAGAAAAUAUUUUAGCUAGUGAUGAGAUAGAAAAAAACAUAGUUAAUGAAUUGGAGAAGGAAGAAAAAGAAAGGAUAGAAGAUAUUAAUGAUAUAUAUAAUGAGGAAAAUAAUUUGGAAGAUAAUGUACAAAAUAAAGAUAAGUACAUAAAUAUAAAAAAUGUUAAUAAUGAUAAUAAUGAUAAUAAUGAAAAUGACGAUAAUAAUGAAAAUAAUGAAAAUGACGAUAAUAAUGAAAAUAAUGAAAAUAAUGAUAAUAAUUUAUGUUUUGAUGAAUAUUUGAAAAAUGAUAUAUGUAUAGAAAACAUUCCUAUAAUACAUUUCGAAAAUUAUUUAAAAAAAUGUUUAGAAAAAAAUGAAUUUAUAAAUGAAUAUGUAAAUCAUCCACAAUUCAUAAAUUAUUUUUCAGAACUUCCUAAAUUAGAUCUUAAACUAGAAAAAGAAAUACACUCCUUUAAAGAAAUCAUGGAUAAAUUUGCAAAAAAUGCUAGUAAACAUCUUAUAAAUAAAUCGCAUGAAAGGAUACAAGCCAUAUAUAAAAAAAAAAAAGAAAUACUCUCCUUCUUAUAUGAAAAUAUUGACGAACUCAAACAUAAUAAAAAGAAUAUUAUUUCUAAAAAGGAUAUGGUUUUAAACAAUUAUCAUAAUGCAAACCAUAAUGCAAAUCAUAAUGCAAACAAUAAUGCAAAUAAUAAUGCAAACCAUAAUGCAAAUCAUAAUGCAAAUCAUAAUGCAAACCAUAAUGCAAAUCAUAAUGCAAACCAUAAUACAAACCAUAAUACAAAUCACAGUUCAAAUCAUAGUUCAAAUCAAAAUAAGAGCGUAAAAGGACUUAAUAAUAUUUCCAAAAAAAAAAGAAGAACAAAUAAUAAAUUACAAGAGGAAAGCCUUUAUUUGGAAAAGUUCGAAAUAAGGGAAAAGUAUCGAAUAGAAAAGAUAUAUUCGAGCUUUAGAUGUUUUAUAAAAUUAUUAGCUUUGAAACAUAUACGUAUAAAUAAAGUCAUAUAUGAAACAUCAAAAGAAAUUAGUUCUUAUGAUUCCUUGAUAGAUUAUCAACAAUGGUUAAGUAUUAUUUUAAAAAAAAAUAUUAAUAUUGGUAAUUUACGAGAAUGUAUUCAAAAUAAUAAUAUAUUAACAAAGGAAGAAGAAUUUUUAUUAAUGCCUUCUGAAACAAAUAAUAGUAAUAAUACUUAUUUAAUGAAUCUCUUAGAAAAAGUACAAAACAGCGCUCCACAUUUUCUAAAGGGGGAAUUGAUUUUUAAUGAGAAUAAAAAAGAGAAAUUAAAAAUAAAAGAAGAUAAUGAUAUUAACAAAAUGAAUGAAGCUGACGAUAUGUGUCUUGAAAAAAAUGAAAAUUCUAUUAAAACUCAUCAAGAUGAUAUGUUAAAUACUGAAUUAAAUAAAAAGGAAAAUAAUAAUAAUAAUAAUAGAACCAUUUCGAAUACAGAAGAAAAAUAUAAUAUAAAAAGUAAUAUACAUAAAAAUGAUGUAAUAAAUUCUCAUAGGGAUAGUCAAUUCCCCGAUAUAUUUUAUAUCCCUAUAAUAAUAAAACAAGAUGAUAUUGAUGAAAUUAAUUCUGUGUGUAACCAUUUGAAUGACCAACCUUAUAAGGAUCAUGUUCAUUUGUUUUUAGAUAAUAAAUAUAAAAAUGGAGAUACAUAUAAAUAUAAAAAUGGAGAUACAAAUAAAUAUAAAAAUGGAGAUACAAAUAAAUAUAAAAAUGGAGAUACAUAUAAAUAUAAAAAUGGAGAUACAAAUAAAUAUAAAAAUGGAGAUACAAAUAAAUAUAAAAAUGGAGAUACAAAUAAAUAUAAAAAUGGAGAUACAUAUAAAUAUAAAAAUGGAGAUACAAAUAAAUAUAAAAAUGGAGAUACAUAUAAAUAUAAAAAUGGAGAUACAUAUAAAUAUAAAAAUGGAGAUACAAAUAAAUAUAAAAAUGGAGAUACAUAUAAAUAUAAAAAUGGAGAUACAAAUAAAUAUAAAAAUGGAGAUACAUAUAAAUAUAAAAAUGGAGAUACAAAUAUCGAUUUAGAUAUUGAUAGAACGAUAUAUAGUAAUGCAGAUUAUUGUAGCAAGCUAAAUAUGAAUACAUAUUUUAAGAAAGACAUGGAUAGAUAUAAUGGAAAGGAUAUUGUUACAUUUUAUAAGAAUAGACAAAAAUGUUAUGAGAAAUAUAUUUUACAAUUUAAUGAUUUAAAUAUGUUAUCAUAUAUUUAUAAAAAUAAAAAUAUCAAGAUAGAUAAUAAUGAUAAUUAUAUUCAUAAUAAUAUUAUUGAUGAUAGUUCAAUAUUAUUUGAUUAUAAGAAUUUCCAAGGAUUUUUUUAUGAAGAAAGUCAUAAUUUUUAUCCCUAUAAAAUUCCUAGCUGUAUUAGUAAUCAUUUUUCCAUAUUUCAAAAAAUGAAUUCCUUGCAUAAUAAUAAAUCGUAUAACAUUCACCAAUAUGAUAUUGAUGAAAAUGAUUAUAAAAUGAUGUCUUAUGAAUCUCUUCUUUUAGUAUAUUAUUUUUUAUCAACACAAGUAAAUUGUUAUUUCUUAUAUGACAUAGGUAGCAGAAAUAAGAUUAAUAAAUAUAUGUAUAAAGAAAUAUGUGAUAAAUAUUCCGAUGUCUUAAAUGAUUUAUUUAUGAAGGACGAGUAUUAUUUGAAUAAUGAAGAUAAAAAAAAAAAUGUUGAUAAUAAUAAUAAUAUAUUAUUUUUACCUAAAAACAGGUAUGAAAAUGACGAGGAAAAAAAAAAAAAAAGUAUAUAUUUAUCAUCUUCUGAGCCGAUACAUAACACAAAAAAUUCAAGUUCUGUUGAUUAUAGAAAUGAGGAAAAAGGUGGUCAGAAAAAAAAAAAAAAAACUGAAAAGUAUGAUAAGUGUACUAUUUUUAAUAAUAAUAAAAGAGAAAAUGUGAAAGGAAAAAAAAAAGAAAUGAACGACUAUUUUGUAUAUAUAGAUUAUAUUUAUAAUGUAAAACUUCAAAAUUUAUUGCUUAUCAAAAGGUUAAUAAGUAUAUUUAGAAAUAAAUUAUAUUUGAAUUCUAGGAACAAUGAUUUGAUAACUAUGCUUACUAUUCCUAAUCAUUAUAUGAAUUAUGGAUAUAAAUAUUCUUUUCAUGUUCUUGAUAUUAGAUUUAGGAUUAUGCGUUUAUUAGAGAGUUUACAGUUUCAUGAUUUAUUUUGUACUUAUGAUCAGAAUGAAAAGUGUAAAAAAGGGGAUAGCAAUAAUAAAAAAAAUAUAAAUAGUAAUAAUAAAAAAAAAAACAUAAAUAGUAAUAAUAAAAAAAAAUAUAUAAAUAGUAACAAUAAUAAUAAUAAUAAUAAUUAUUAUUAUAAUAAUUGUAAUGACGAAUUGUAUAUAUACUUAUCGUGGGUAAGAAGACAACUGCAUUUAUUGUAUAUGUCGUUAUAUUUCAAAUUUAAACGUUUUAUGAUAUUCAUACCGUAUUUGUACAAUUUAUAUAAAAGAUAUAAUAAUAAUAAUAAUAAUAAUAAUAUAAUGAGUGAUGAAGAAGAUGAAGAUAAUAUAUUUAAAGAGAAUGAAGAUUAUUUUACAUAUAUAAAUAAAUGUAAGGAAGAAAAUAAUUUAUUCGUACGAUAUAUAAGAAAUGUUCAGGAAAAGAUCAAAAGAAUUCAUCAUGUUAUAUUAACUCGAAAGGGUAAUGUUAAUUGUAAUAUUGAACAUAUUAUUAUGAAUGAACAUAUGAUGGAAUAUAUAGAUUUUAGCUGCUUAAAUUAUGAUGAAAAGAUUGUUUUUUUUUCUAAUUUAUUACUUAAGAAUUUAAUAAAAUCCUUUCGAAUUGUGUUACUUUUAAAAUCAUUGAUAAAAGAAAAUAGGUGGAAUAUAGGUAAAGUAGAUGAAAGAUUACAUUUAACAAAUUUGAUAAAAUAUUUUACAAAGAUUGAAUGUUAUGAUAACGAAAUAAAGAAUGUUAUAUAUAAUUCUUAUAAACAUGUACAUAUGUGCAAUACAAAUGAUGAUACUAUAAAGAAGAAUACAUCUAUCGAAGUAGAAAAAAAUUAUAAACUUGAAAAGAUGAAAAGUGAGGAUAGUUCUGUAAUAUAUGCUACAAAUAAUAAUAUGUGUGGUAUAAAUAAUAUGUGUAUUACUAAUAAUAUAUAUGAGAAAUCUAAAAGGGAUUAUAGUAAAUAUAUAUGUAAUAAUAAUAUGAAUAUGUGUUAUAGUAACAACAACAAUAAUGUGGGUAAUUCAUUUGAAAUUGUUCAUGAUAAAGGAAAAGAAAAAAAAAUUAGAAAUAAUGACAUAAGUAUAUGUAAAAAUAUAGAUAACGAUGAACUUUUUAAAAGUAUAUUCCGGAAUGAAUGUAUUAUAAAAAAAAAGAAGAAUAUACAAAAGAGAGUUUUUUACAAAUUAAAUGUAGAAACUGUUUUAAGUUCUUGUUGGUUUCUUGACAGAAUAUUAAUACAUUUAUUUUUAUAUUAUUAUUCAUCCUGUAUGAUAGAUAAAAAUUCAAAAGAAAAAAUAUUUUUUGAUGCUCCAUAUAUUAUGCAAGCAAUUAUAUUGGUUAUUCAUUAUUUACUUGCUGGAAAUGAUUUAACCUUAAGGAACAAAAAAAGAGAAAAAAUAAAUAAAAAAUAUAUUCAAGAAAGAGGUUUUGUAUGUAAUAAGUAUAAAGAAUCAGCACCUAUUAUAAAUAUAACAAAUACUACUAGCACCAAUCAAAAUGAUAGUAACAACAAUAAUAUUGAUAAUAAUAAUAAUAAUAAUAAUAAUAAUAAUGAUAGUUGUAGUAAUAAUUAUGGUGACCAUAAUAAACAAUAUUAUGUACAAGAUAUGUAUAAUAUUUAUAACGAUGGACAGGAAUCUACCUUAAUACCCAUGUCCACAUUUAUCCUUUAUUUUGUCAUACAUUUGUUUUAUUCCUUUUUUGAUAAGAACCUACUAACAUUAUAUGAUAACAAGGAAUAUAAAAGUUAUGAACUAUUCUUAAAGAGAAAAAAUGAUGAAAAGAAAAAAGAAGAUAAUUUAGACGAUUUAUUAAACCAAUCAUCCACAAAUAAUAUGACAAAUGAAAUUAUUACUGUGCAGAUGGCUAGCAGGUUUUUCUUUCUCAUAAAAAAUUUUGAACAAUUCUUAUCAUUCAGAUCUGUAGAUGAAGAGAAAUUUUUAAAUAACUCAUAUAAGAAUAGUAGUAUAAAAAAUUUUAAAAUGAAAAAACGAGAUUUUUAUUCUGACCAUGGAGAUAAUUAUUCAUGUGCUGAUCAACAUUUGAAAAAAAGUAAAAAUAAAAAAUGUGUACAAGAACAUAAAAACAAUGAUAAUCAUAAUAAUAAUAAUAAUCAUAAUAAUUAUCAUAAUAUUUAUGAUAUGGAAGAUAAAAAGCAAAACAAAAAAAAAAAAAAAAAAUUUUUAUUUUGUACAAACAUACCAGAAACUACUAAUAACACAUUUAAUGAUACAUUUAUUAUGAAUGAAAAUUUUGUGAAGGAUAUAGAAACGAGAAAAAUAAAAGAAGAAGAAUAUAAAAAUGAUGUAAUUUAUUUAAGGAGAUAUUAUAAUAUCAGAAAAUUUUUUAAUUAUGAUCAUUUUGAAAAUUUAAUAAGUUGUUAUGUUCCUAAUAUUUUAUCAUACUAUUUAAAUGAACAUAUUUAUUCAAAAGAUUAUAUUCUUUAUGAUACGAUAACUUUAAAUAAUCAAGUACAUAUCAUUGGAAAUUAUAAAAAAAGUAUGUUGUGUGAUAAAGAAGAGAAAAAGGAAAUACAUUUCAAGAUGUUAAAGGGAUUAUAUGAAGAGGAAUCAUCUUAUGAGGACUCCAGAAAUUCUUAUUAUUUUUUAUUUGGUUCAUUGAUGAAAGAAAAUGAUAAAAAAAGAUAUAAUGAAUAUAUGGAUAAUAAAAAUUAUAGUAAUAGUAAAGAAAAUGAUUUUAAUAGUACUUCUAGUAAGAUUAGUACUUUUUCUAGUGAUACUAAUAAUUCGAGUUCCUGUAUUUCUUAUAAUAGUAGUAGUAGUAGUAUUGAAAGUAUAAGUAGUAAUAAAAAAAAUUCAAAAUAUAACUAUAAUAAUAAUUAUCAUUAUAAUCAUUUUAAUGAUGAUAUAUAUAAUAAAAUAGAUAUGAAAAAAAAUAAUAUCCCUUCAAAUUGUAAUAACCUUAUUAUAAAAUAUAAAAAAAAUAAUGAAUUAUCUUAUAUAUCACUUAUUGAAAUAUCACGAAUUGAAAAAGUUAUGAUCGACAUUUUUAUAAUGAGAAUUAUAAGUUGUGAUUUCCGUAAUUAUUUCUUUCUCAUUUUUUGUAAUUAUAGGAAAUUCAUUGAUAUGUAUUCAUUACCAUAUAUAUUAGAUGUAUUUAUUAUGCUUAAUAAAUUUUUUACCAUAAAUAAUAAUAGUAUAAUAGACAAAUAUAAUAAUAAUAAUAAUAUGCCUAAUAUAUAUAAUCAAUAUAGUAGUGGGUGUGAGGCGGAGAAGCAAAAAAAAGAGUGUUAUCAAAAUGUAGAUAUGAUUAAUUCUUCCCAAAAUCAUAAUGUACUUAAGCAUGAGCAAAAUAAGCAGAGGGGGGGAAAAAAUUAUGGAAAAAUAUCUCCCUUCGAACUUUUUUGUAAUAUUAAAAUUGACGAAGAGGAAGAUAAUGAAAUAUAUGUACAACAGAGUGAUGAAAAAAGAGAGGAUCUUAUACGAUUACAAGACAUAAAUAAUAUAAAGGAAACACAAGGAAAGGAUAUCUAUAAGAUAGAACAUAGCAAUAGGAAUAAUAUUGAAAAUGAUACGAAUACUCAAUAUAAUAAAUAUAUUUGUGGUGAACAAUUUAAUAAAAACAAAAAUAUGUAUUAUAUAGAUUGUAUGAAUGAUGCCAUGAAAUAUGUAGACAAAGAAAAUAACAAAGUGAAUAUGGAUCAACAUAUGAACAAUAGGAAGAAUGAAAAAUUUGAUAAAAAUAGAGAUUUACAUAAUGGUGAUAUGUAUAUAAAUACAUUUAAUGAACAUGAUAAUUCAACAACAUCUGGAUAUGAAAGGAUGUCCACGUAUUUUAAAUAUUUUAUUUUUUCAAGUGCAAAAAAUAUUUUUUAUAAUAUAUUAUGCGGAAUAAAAGAUGACAUGACAUUAAACGAUACAUAUGGGGAUGAAGAAAAGGUUUUGGUACAUGAAAAAGAUGAUAAUAAAAUUGUAGAGAAGAAUUAUACAAAUGAUAAUUAUAAGGAAAAGAGUAAUAUGCAAAAAUGUAGUGAUGAUUAUGGUGAUGAUUAUGGUGAUAAUCAUGUUAGUAAUCAUGAUAAUAAUCAUGUUAAUAAUCUUGAUAAUAAUCAUGAUAAUAACCAUGAUAAUAAUCAUCAUAAUAACCAUGAUAAUAACCAUGAUAAUAAUCAUCAUAAUAACCAUGAUAAUAACCAUGGUGAUGGUCUUGAUAAUCCCAUAAAUGACAAAAGGGAUAGUACGAAGAACCAUAAGAUAGAAAAAAAUAUGAAUGAUGAUAAAAAAAAAAAAAAAAAAUUAUGUAAUGUUAUAAUAUCUAAUAGUAUGUUAAACGAAUAUGUUAAUAUCAUAAAUAAAUAUAUCAAUGAAAUAAUCAUGGAAAUAUUAUUUUUUACAAAUAUAUGGAAACAUUAUUUAUCCUUAGAAGAGCAUCCUAGAAUUGUUUUAUUUGCUGCUAACAAAACUUUAUAUUAUGAAGUGUUAAAAUUUAUAAAAAAUAACAAAAAAAAAACUGACGAAGAAUCAUUUAAGCAAUCCUUAUCUAUUAUUGUAUCAUUAUAUAAUUUCAAUUUAUUAAAUAAAGAAAUAGUUUUACAAACAUAUAAUUAUGAAACAAGAAAAUUAAUGAAAAAUGAUAUAAGAAAAAAUAAUAGUAUAUUAAAUGAUGAGCAUAAUGAAUAUUAUUAUAUGGGUAGUAAAAAUACCAAAGAAUAUAAAUUAAGAAAUGGAAGUAAAGUUUUUAAUGAGAAAAUAAAAAAUAAAGUAUUAAAUUAUUAUGAAAAUCGAAAUUCUGUUCGAUUUAAUAUUAAUGAAAACAUUAAUCAUACAGUAGAAAAAGAAAUAGAUAAUGAAAAGAACAAAUUAAAUAAAGUAAAGUUAUCAUCAUUAGAUGAUAAUCAAAAUAAUUCAAUUUGUAAUAUAAAAAAUUCUAAUGAAGAUGAUAUGUUUAUAAAUUUAUCUUUGAUUAUAUCUAAUUCUAAUGAUCCAUGUAUGGUUAAAUUAAUGUUUAAAUUAGAAAAAAUAUUCAUAAAAUUUAUAGAUAAGAAAUUACAAGAAAAUGAAAAUUUAUUAUCUAAAUGUUUAAAAAAUGAAAAGUUAAUUCCAUUGAAUGCCCCUGAUAUUAUGUAUAAUUCAACCACUGUCGAUAUUUUUACAAUCAUCUCACAUAUUUUAGAAGCUCUUUUUGAAUAUAAAUGUCCUGUUGAAUGGAUUAUUACACCCUUCUUAGAAUUCCUUAAUAAUUUUAUAAAUGAUUAUUGUGAAAAUUAUAAAAAGAGAUAUACUUCCUUUAUCAUCUCGGUACUUAAUCAAUAUGCUGAUAAAUAUUUUAAUGAUCUCCUAAAUUUAAAUGAACAACAAAAAAUACAAUGGGAUAAAUAUUCAAUAGAUCAUAAAAAGAAAAAGUAUAAAAAAACAGAAAAUAAUGAUUCGCAAUUUAAUGAAAACUUUACUAUUUUUAAAAGAAAUGAUAAUGAUAUUACACAAAAUCAUCAAGAUGUUGAAGAAGAACAAGAUCAAAUCUUUGAUAAUAAUAUACAUGAAGAAUAUAAAGAUGCUGAUGAAAUUACCAAAAGAAUAAGACACAAAAAUAAAAAAAAAACUAAUGUUUUUUAUAAAUUAUUCGAUUAUGAAGAAAUAGAUUCUAUUAUUAAAAAUAAAAUUGAUGAAAUAUUAACAGAUAAAAAUGAAGAAUCCAUAUCCAAAACAUCAAAUAAUUAUCAGCAACAAAAUCUAAAUCAAAAUAUAUAUCAUAAAAAAAAUCAUAAAGUAACACAAAAUGGUAAUGAUGGUCAAACAACAAAUGAUGAUUAUGAUAAUCAUAAUGAAAGUAAAAACAAAACAGAUGGCUCAUAUAUGAGUGAUGAUUUAAUUAAUAUUAUUGAUGAAAUUAAUUUCCUAUUUAAUGAUUCGGAUUUAUCGAAUUCUUUAGUUAUUACAUGGAAUCUAUAUUUCUUCUCAGAACAAUUACCUUUAAUAAAAAAAAAAUUCGAAAAAUAUAUAUUACAAUAUGUAUGUACAAGAACCACAAAUGUAGAAUCAAUUAGUCAAAUCUUUGAUGAACAUCUUCAUUUUAAUAUAACACAAGAUAAAUUACAAAAAAACUUUUAUACAAAAACAAUAUUUGAUGUAUUAGAUAUGUCCAUAAAUAAUAUUAAAAAUACUCUAAACAAUACUCUAUAUUUUAUUUUUAAAGUCUUAUCUAUCCGAAUUAUAUGUUAUGAAUUCCAAAAAGAAAUCUUUUAUAAUUUAUAUGAACCAUUCCAUGUAAAUAACAUACAAAGUAUUGUAUCUAUAUUCCCUAACACCAUAGAAAAGUUCUUCAAACAAUUACCAAAAAUAUAUUUUAAAAGUAUCUUAACCGUAUUUAUUGAAUUAUUUAUCAAAAUGUGGAUGCUUGUUAUAAUCGAAAAGGGAUUCUCGAAUUAUCAUUUUUCCGAUCAACAUAUACAUAUAAUGAAAAAGGAUAAUCAAUUUUUAAAACUAUAUUUAGAAAAUAAUCAUAUUGAAUCUACGCAUAACUUUUUAUCAAAAAAAUAUCAUAUUAAUGAAUAUAUAGAUACCUUCCUUGAUAGUUUAUAUGGAAAUAGGGAUCUUUUUGAAGAAAUACUUAAUGAACAAAAACAUAAGAAGCAUAAAAAUAUUGUCUCAUCAGCUUAUAGUAAAGGAAUGGCAAUUAUAAGCGGAGUAAAUCAACAUAUCCAAGAAAAAACAAAAUGGAUGGAAUGA